CUCCUAAAACAGCUGUAGGGGCUGGUUGCGGUGGUGACUGACCUCACUUGCCGCAAGUGCUCCCCGCAUCGAGUUUUGUCGUCUCCCUUUUUCCCUCUUCCCGUUCCCUCCAUCCCCCCAGCCAAGCUCGCUUCUGGGGCUGGCCUUUUUCUUCUUUUCUUUCUCCUAUCUAUUUGUUUCCAUCCAUUUCCCUUCUUUCUUUUAAUACUAUCGAGCCUUCGUGUUAUUUAUGGGCCGCGUCCGCUGCAAUAGGCUAGCUAGUUCCCGUCUUUGCUGUUGGUCGAUUCUACCACUUUCCGCCUCAUCUUAUCUCGCGCCUCGACUCGCCCUCUAAUAUCCCGGAUUCAUUAUUUCACGUUCUUCUACCUGAAUUGACUGUGUUCCCUUUCCUCCUGCAACUCACCUCCACCGCCACUCUCCUCCGCCAUGUCCUCCGAACAAGAUAGCACUCCAAACUACAUUCCCGGUGGCCAGCCAGAUCCCGUCCUCGUUGGGCCAGGUGUGAAGACCCUUGGGGAAGAGGCCUACUCCGGUGCUUCCGAGGCCACCCCGACUCUUGAUGCCGACAAAAAGCACCCUGUCUUGACCGACGCCCCCUCAUACUUCAAUGACAUUCAUGGAACCAACGAUAAUGUUGCUUCUCCAACAUCGCCCGCAGAGGUCGUCAAGGAUGCCAAGACCCCAAUAGAGCUCUUGCGCCGCCUGAGCCUGGUGGAGGGCUCCUUUCCCAAUUUGCCCGAGCCCGACCCUCGCGAGCUGCACCCCGUUCUGAAGCUUACCGGUCGAAUUAUCAGCGCCGCAUUUUGUAUACCCUACAAGAUUCGCCAUCGCCCAGAUUCCGAGUGGGGUCUUCAACACCGCCCAGGCACCUCCGCCCUAUUCGAUUCAUUUGCUUAUCUGGCCUCCGAUGAUAAUAAAUGGUCCCAUAUCCUUGUUGGCUGGACCGGUGAGGUGGAGCCAGCCCAAGAUGUGAAGGUCCCAUUGCAAGAGAUUUCCACCAAUGCUACUGGGAAGGUGACGGCCGUGCCGCCCUCAGCGAGCCUUCCGCUGAAUAAGGCCGUGGCACCCAUUCCUGUGGAUGCCAGUCUCAAACCGCCCACUCAUCCCUUCAUAGAGGGGUUUACUGUGGGUAAAGAGGACCGGGACCGGCUCGAGGAUCAACUAAGUUCUACUAGAUACGGCAGGAUCUUGCCCGUGUGGUUGACUGAUGAGUCCGAAGAGCCCCAGGAUACUAUCCUACUCAAGGAUCAAGGGAGAUGGAGGCAUUAUGCUGAGCGAGAGCUGUAUCCAUUGCUGCACUACAAACAGCAUGGCCCUACUGAUGGCAAGUCGGAAAGGAAGUGGUGGGCUGACUACGAUCGAUUGAAUCGUGUUAUCGCUGAUCGUAUCGUGGAGGAAUACCGAGAUGGUGAUAUAGUUUGGAUUCAUGACUAUCAUUUAUUCCUCCUCCCCAGCCUGCUGAGGCAACGAAUUCCGAAUGUUUUCAUUGGCUUCUUCCUCCACUCUCCAUUUCCGAGUAGCGAGUUCAUGCGUUGUCUGGCUAAGCGCAAGGAGGUGCUGACAGGCGUGUUGGGCGCCAACAUGAUUGGUUUUCAGACCUUUUCUUACUCCCGCCACUUUUCGUCUUGCUGUACGCGUAUCCUCGGAUUCGAUUCCACCUCGGCUGGCGUUGAUGCGUACGGCGCCCACGUCGCUGUCGAUGUUUUCCCCAUUGGGAUUGAUGUCAAAGCGGUUCAGAAGGCGGCCUUUGGGACUGAGGAUGUUGAAAAUGCUGUAGCGGGGAUUCGCAGUCUGUACGCCGGAAAGAAAGUCAUAGUCGGCCGUGACCGACUGGACGGUGUCCGGGGUGUUGCCCAAAAGCUGCAAGCGUUUGAGGUAUUCCUCGAUCGGUAUCCCGAAUGGCGUGACAAGGUCGUCCUUAUUCAGGUCACAAGCCCAACGAGUGUCGAGGAAGAAAAGGAAGACCCUGAUAACAAGAUAGCCAGUCAGAUUUCUAACCUGGUAUCCGCCAUCAAUGGCCGUUUUGGUUCCCUAAGCUUCUCCCCUGUUCAAUAUUAUCCACAGUACCUCUCACGGGACGAAUAUUUUGCGCUGUUGCGGAUUGCCGACGUCGGACUGAUCACUACCGUCCGGGAUGGAAUGAACACGACAAGUUUAGAAUACAUUAUUUGUCAACAGGGCAACUAUGGGCCCUUGAUCCUUUCAGAAUUCUCAGGUACCGCAGGAACGCUGCCUAGCGCCAUCUACAUCAACCCGUGGGAUCUGGUAGGGGUUGCCGGGGCCAUCAAUCAAGCAUUGACCAUGAGCCCUGAUGAGAGGAAGUCACAGCACCAGAAACUUUAUAAACAUGUUACUGCAAAUACAGUGUCGGCCUGGUCCAAGCAAUAUCUGCAUCGACUGCUUACGAACCUCUCCUCGUUUGACCAGUCUGUGGCCACUCCCGCCCUGGACCGGGCGAAACUGCUAAAGCAGUACCGCAGGGCACGAAGGCGGCUUUUCAUGUUUGACUACGAUGGAACGCUCACACCGAUUGUUAAGGAUCCGCAAGCGGCGAUUCCGUCAGAUCGGGUGCUGCGAAACCUCAAAAGCCUGGCUGCAGACCCCAGAAAUGCCGUCUGGAUUAUUAGCGGACGUGAUCAGGCGUUCCUUGAUGAGUGGAUGGGCCACAUUCCUGAACUGGGAUUGAGUGCUGAGCACGGUUGCUUUAUCCGGAAGCCCCGGUCUGAUGACUGGGAGAACCUGGCAGAGCAAACAGAUAUGGGGUGGCAGAAAGAAGUCAUGGAUGUCUUUCAACAUUACACAGAAAGGACACAGGGUUCUUUUAUCGAGCGAAAGCGGGUUGCAUUGACAUGGCACUACCGGCGUGUGGAUCCGGAGUAUGGUGCGUUCCAGGCCAAGGAGUGUCGGAAGCAUCUGGAGGAGACUGUUGCGAAAAGAUGGGACGUGGAAGUGAUGGCUGGCAAGGCAAAUCUGGAGGUUCGGCCGACAUUUGUGAACAAGGGAUGCAUCGCUAAACGACUGGUCGAAGAAUAUGGGAUGGGGCCAGGUCAGGCACCCGACUUUAUCUUAUGCUUGGGAGAUGAUUUUACAGACGAAGAUAUGUUCCGUGCCCUUCUCAAAUUUGAUCUCUCAUCGGACCAUGUGUAUCCAGUCACCGUUGGUGCAAGUUCAAAGCAGACGACUGCAAGCUGGCAUCUUUUAGAGCCUGCAGACGUCAUUUCUACAAUUGCAAUGCUCAAUGGCCAAGACCAUUGAGGGGCACCCGCGCUCGAGAGUGCGUAAUUGCAGGGUCAGUUACAUCGUGGUGUUUGGUAUAUAUAAAUGAAAAGUCCAUGUACUGGUAGACCUGGCCGGUCUAUCUCCUUUUGCAGGUGCAUCACAGGGAUUGUGGGUGUCAAUUGAUGCCCACGGGAGGUGCAGCAUAACCCUCCCAUAGGAAUCCGGUGUUUGCCUGAUGCGACUGCCUUGAACCAAGACGGUGCAGUUGCAGGACGGCUGUGCGGCUUGAGAGAUAGAUAGUUUGAUGGACGGAUUGGAAAACGACGGCGCAACCCAUAGUAAUAAAUAGUGUAGAGUAUAGAGAAGAGACGAUGCCAAUGCAAU